AAAAUAUCGAUUUCUAUCGUUUAGUUAAAGUUCGAAUAUAUUUAACUGAGGAUUGGGCAUUAAAAAUGAAAAAUUUCAAGGCCUCUACAGAAAACUUGCUCAAACCUCAAGGUUAGCGUGUUCGGGUUUUAAUAGUUGUUAGGUUUUGUCUGUUGUCGUUUGGAUCACUUAACUAAGUUUCUAUCCCGAAGGUUCAUUAACUUCAAAAUUGACAAUCUAAUUGCGGGUUUUCAUAAAUUAUCAACUAUAGAAAGCCGUCAAUACACUAACCCAAGCAAACAGUAAUAGGGAAAUAAAGGUGAACUUGGGGCGAAUAUAAGCGACAUUAUUCAGGAGGAUUUGUAAUUAAGAGCUUCCUUCUUUUGUUCACGAUGGGGAGAUAAUGAGUCAUUUUAAGUCCACCUUUAUUUCCGUAUUCUUGUUUGCUUAGGUAGGUAAGCCUGGUGAAGCCUAUAGGCUUUAUGACUUUUCUGAGUAACUGACUUUCUGUCAGCAUAUCUGGGUACUCAUUAGUUAAUGACGCAUGAUUUAAAUAACACCACUUUCAUUCAUAAAUUCGGACUUACAAAUGUGAUACUAAUGACUGAAUGAUAUGAGUUUAUUUGGAUCUCCUAAGUUAUUCGGGUUUUCACAACCGACGACAAGCGCUGUUAGUGCAGCUCCAACUCUUGGUUUCGGAUUACAGCCAUCACUUGCCAGUACAACGACACCAUUUGGAAACUUUGGUUUGGGGUCUACUGUUUCAACUAUGAGUUCUGGAUUGUUUCAAGCUGCAGCGGCAAAAACAACCAAUACAACCUUCCCUGGAUUUGGACAAAAUUCAACUCCUUUUCAAGGAUUUAACCUAAACACUCCGAAAACAUCCACUGGGUUGUUUGGUUCUACUUUUUCUGCUCCCACCACUAGUACUCAGAUGGGUUUAAAUCUAUUCGGAUCACAGUUUGGUCAACAAGCGUCUCAGAAUACUGGAUUUAGCUUCACACAACCAACUCAAAGUUUGUUCAACAUCCCAAAAACGCAAGGUUUCGGUUUUGAUCAAAGUCUUCCUGUAACUGCUCAGCAGCAACAACAACAGCUACAAGUUGCACAACAGAAUACAGUGGAUGCUUUUUUUGCUUCUCUAUCUCAGCCUAUGCUAUUUGGUGAUGAACGUGAUUCAGUUAUAGCACGUUGGAAUCAACUGCAAGCAAUGUGGGGUACUGGUAUUGGUUACAGUGCUGUAGGUAUGGUGAAUUAUACGCCAGAGAAUACAUUUGCUCGAUUAAAAUCUAUUGGAUACAAUGUUUUGCCUACAAGUACUGAUGCUGAUGGACUUGUUUGUUUAUAUAUUGGUCGUCCAUUCUCUGAAGUUACAAAUCAACGUCAAGCUGUACAAGAUAUUUUAUUCAGACUAUUAGGUGGUCGUCCUAAUUUACAGCUGAUGGUGGAAGAAAUUCGUCCAUGUGCUGAAGCUGAAGAUAGUACUGAGGUCAUAUUGAAAGUUGUGGAACGAUUAGCCACUGGUACAACAUCGACUAUAUCUGCCACUGAACUUGCAAAGUAUUUAUCAAGUCCAUCAGUUGUGCCGCAACUCCAAUCACAAUUAUGUGUGAACCGUUUAAUUCCGGAAAUAUCUCCAUCUGCUGCGCAGAUAGUUGCAUAUAAUGAGAAUCCACCAGCUGGCUUUGACAGACUAAUAUGGCAACAGGCCUGUCUCGACAAUCCACAUCCUGAUCGUAUGAUCCCAAUUCCAUUUAUUGGAUUUCCUGACUUGAAGCGACGUAAAUGUGAUCAACUUGCGUACGGUGAACAGCAGAGCAGUAUGAUUAAGUAUAUCACUGAGUUAGUGUCUAAACUACGCACUGGUCAACUUGUUAUGUCACAACGACUUAUUCAAUUGAAACGUAAACAAAUUGAAUUAAGUCAUAGAGUAUUGAAAGUUCUCAAGCACCAAGAAGUGCAUAGACGAUGUGGAUUUGCUAUAAGUGUCGAAGAAGAGGGAAUGCGUUGUGAGCUUGAAAGAAUUUGGUCAGAACUUGUCGCUCCAAGAGGUUUACGUAUUCGUUUUCAAGAAGCAUUAUCUACACUUCGUAAUUCUUCUGAGUUUAACAAAAGAGAUAAAGAAAAUGUUGGAUCGGUUUAUAAAGGUGCUCAUUCAUUAGAAUCUGGAGAUGGUUAUCCGUCAACAUGGAGUUUAGAUCCGGAUUCGUUAAAUGAACUGAAAGAGUAUUUAACUCAACGUCAUAAUGGUAUUCGUGAAAUGCAACGACUUAUCACUGAAAUGACAAACAAUUUAAAAGUUAUGGAAGAUAAUCCAAUAACUAAUAUCAAUCCAUCUGUACAUAAAUCACCAUUUGUAAACUCCCCUCCGAUUGGUGGGGUGCACAAGGUGUCAUUCGCAGUUAAUUCUCGUAUUGUUCAUUGAUUGUUUGUCUCUCGAUAUAUGUUGGUGUAUGUGUACUUUGUAUACGUUUAAUUUUGUACAUGUUAUAUGCUUUGAAAACAAUGUGAGUGUUUCCCUUCAUUGUACAGAUCAUUAGUGGUAUUUUUAAUGUUUAAUGCUGUUGGUUUUUUUGCUAUCUAAUCAAUCGAAUCGUCUAUUUAUUCCGUGUUUUCUUUUGUAUUUUUCCUAUUUUUUCUUCAAUGUAUUGGAUUAACUAGUACACUUACACUUAGGUGGAUUUGACACUUUUAUUAUGUAAAAGAUUUAGAUAUUAGCAAAGAUAAAAUUAGGUGAUUCAUUUCGUUUCAUCUGGGACUUAUAACAGUGGUGUUUAAUAAUCGUUAUAGUCACUGAGACACCUAUAAAGUUCAGUGAAUGGACUCUUGCUAGAUAUAUAUAAUACAAAAAUAAUGGAUGUUUCUACACAGUCUUUAAUGCUUACCGUGAAGAAAUACGUAAUGUAGCGGAGCCAUUGGAAAAAACUUAAUUACCAUAGUGCAAGGAUGUUUGGGAUAAUUUCUCUUCCUCUAAGUGAAAAUUUUCGUCUCAGGACUUAUGUACGUCAGCCUCAAAUCGGAUUCAGGAAUAUUGUAGUCAAACACGUUGACCACAUAUCCUAUAUAAUCGGGCAUGUACCAAAAGGUCUCUUGACCGACUUGUACCCCCUAUAGCGCAAAUGUUCUUCCAUGUAUAAAAUGAAGUUCUAACAUUUAAUAGAUAUGCGCAUUUAAACCUACUCUGACAGAUGCAUUUUUGUAGUUCAUGGUAACUUCAUUAUUAAUGGACCCCAGCUAGUUCUAUUCAACUCACAGCCUGGCACAAAUGUGAGUUAGUCGAAGUUUCUAUGCCAUAUCAGCACGAUAAGACAAAAUCAACGUGAUAAGUAGCAAAGGAAUCGAAGCUGUAGUAAUAUCACUUGGUUAGGAAUACUAAAUAUCGAGCAUAUGGUUUUUUAAUAACGGAAUGAUAAGGUAUAUAUAUAGAAAUACCGGAACUCAAAAUCGAUAGUGAAUGCAUUUGGGCCGUUGUGAUAAAUUUCAAGCGAUAUCAUUUAACGUUUCUAAACGGUAGCCGUGUUUAUCAUGCGGACUCCACCAGUUGGUGUGUGCUCGUUAUUUUCUGUUUAUUUUACAAUUACAUUAGGACGACUCAAUCUCUCAUAAUAACAUGCAGUCUUCAGUUUAUUCACUCUGAUGAUUAGAUUAAAGUCAUCGGAUUAAAUAAAAUGACCAUACAAUACUACCUGAUUGGUGAUAAUCGGAUCGACACCCAGGACAACAUUCAACCAUAUAAUAUAAUAGCCAAGAAGGACUUUAACUAAUUGGUAUCAAUUUUUGACUCAUUCGAUUUGUAUACCCUAUGAUGUCAUAUUGGAGCAUAUACUGGACAUUCAGGUUUUAUCGUAUGUUACCUUCAGACUUUAAAAUUCGCCUGAAUAACGCAUACUGAAUCAAAUAAAUACAAAAGAUCAUAUUGGGUUCGCGAAAUAUGUGGAUGUAAAUAAAUAGAUAUUAAGUGGCUUUACAAUGGAUAGUAGUUAGUUUAAAUUAAAAACCACAAUCAAUGUGUUAAAUUCAAAAACAAGUUAUUCUCAACUCAGACAAUCAUAAUAGUGGCCAAACUGAUAGAAAUGUAUCGGUUGAUAGGAGAACAGCUCUUUUACGUCUAACCAAUGAAAUAAAAGGAAGGGGAUCAUAUGAUUUAAACUAGUUACUCAUGAGGAAUAUAGUUAUAAUAAGCAAGUUCUACGCAGGCUGUUUGUCGGAACCCGAUGAUACAAAUGUUAUGACGAAUAUUCAUUUAAGCAUCAUAAAAAUUAAAUCUAUCGUCUCGAAGUGUGCUGUAUCGAACAAUGGUAAUCUUAGGAGCUGCCAAUUUAUGUCUGGCGAAUUAAUCUUAGUAGUUAGAAACGAGAUAGAAGCAUCGGACAGUGGCUAACAUAAAACUAUAUAUAUAUAACUACACAAUUUUGCGUGUAAGAAAAAGAAAAUCAUUUGGUCAUUUUUCAACCCCACCUUUCAAAGAUUGCACAGUCAGUACUGAAGUCUAAUAAUUUUCGUUACAAAUUGUUGUUAGAAAAUUUCCAUUAGUAAUAACAAAUUCCUAAUAUCUGAUAAAUCUUGCGGAUACUCAGUAUAUAUUAUUGAAGUGUAUGUUUUAUAGUGUGCUAGAAGUUAAAUGAUUUUGAUCCAUAUUUUGAAUGACGUAUCGUAAGUUUGUAGUUUAGCGAUAUUUUCAACGUACAAAGUAUAUUUAUAUUUCUAUCAUUUAUGAAUGGGUUUAUGAAGUAUAAAUACAGCUGAUGAUGACAGCUUGGGUGCUGUUAGAGGUAUGAGGGCGGUUAUCACUUCCCGGUUGCCCACACCGUGGAAGGGUUCUUCUGGAGGUACCUGAAAAGGAAAUUGGAUUAGAGGCGGUCUCAGUGACCUGAGAGCGUGACCGCAGUGCCCAAGGGACGACUGCUUGAGGCCGGUCGCGCACGGCCUUUUCGUGGGAGUUUUUUGACGUGUUAGCUCCGUUCUUCGAAGAGCCUUAUCGCCGGAGACGGAAAUCCGUGAGGUGUGCAUUUUUAGGGUCGACCUUUUCUAACCCCACCCCUCCUUGUGGGAAGGCAGCAUCGCUGUCAUGCUGGUUGUCUGAAG